AUGUCGUCCCACGGCUCCCACGACGGGGCCAGCACUGAGAAGCACCUUGCUACUCAUGACAUUAAGCCCACCCUCGACACCGUCGUGCCCAAGGGCCAUGGCGAGACCGCAGCCCAUCCCGGUGCCCAGGAGAAGGAGGUCCGCAACGCCGCCCUCUUCGCUGCCAUCAAGGAGUCCAACAUCCACCCCUGGAGCAAGGAGUCCAUCCACCUCUACUUCGCCAUCUUCGUCGCCUUCUGCUGUGCCUGCGCCAACGGUUACGAUGGCUCGCUCAUGACCGGUAUCAUUGCCAUGCCCAAGUUCCAGGCCAUGUUCCACACCGGUGACACUGGCCCGAAAGUCUCUGUUAUCUUCUCUCUGUACACUGUUGGUGCCAUGGUUGGUGCUCCCUUCGCUGCUAUCCUCUCCGAUCGUUAUGGCCGUAAGAAGGGCAUGUUCUGUGGUGGUGUCGUCAUUAUCAUCGGCGCCGUCAUCGUUGCUACCGCAUCCAAGCUCGCUCAGUUCGUCGUUGGCCGCUUUAUCCUCGGUCUCGGUAUCGCCAUCAUGACCGUCGCUGCCCCUGCCUACUCGAUCGAAAUCGCCCCUCCUCACUGGCGUGGCCGUUGCACUGGUUUCUACAACUGCGGUUGGUUCGGAGGUUCCAUUCCCGCCGCCUGUGUCACCUAUGGCUGCUACUUCAUCAAGAGCGACUGGUCGUGGCGUAUCCCCUUGAUCCUCCAGGCUUUCACCUGCCUGAUCGUCAUGGGCUCCGUCUUCUUCCUCCCCGAGUCUCCCCGUUUCCUCUUUGCCAACAACCGCGAGGCUGAGGCUAUCGCCUUCCUUGUCAAGUACCACGGCAACGGUGACCCCAACUCCAAGCUUGUCUUGCUCGAGACCGAGGAGAUGAGGGACGGCAUCAAGACCGACGGUGUCGACAAGGUCUGGUGGGACUACCGCCCGCUCUUCAUGACCCACAACGGCCGCUGGCGUAUGGCUCAGGUGCUCAUGAUCUCCAUCUUUGGUCAGUUCUCCGGCAACGGUCUCGGCUACUUCAACACCACCAUCUUCAAGAACAUUGGUGUCACCAGCACUUCCAAGCAGCUCGCCUACAACAUUCUCAACUCGGUCAUCUCCGCCAUCGGUGCCCUGAGCGCCGUCUCCAUGACCGAUCGCAUGCCCCGCCGCAAGGUGCUCAUCGUCGGUACCUUCUUGUGCGCCGUCGCUCUUGCCACCAACUCCGGUCUCUCUGCUACCCUUGACAAGCAGACCCAGAGGGGUACGCAGCUCAACCUGGCCGAGGGCAUGGACGAGAAGGAUGCCAAGGACAACGCCUACCUCCACGUCGACAGCAACUACGCCAAGGGAGCCCUGGCCGCUUACUUCCUCUUCAACGUCAUCUUCUCCUUCACCUACACUCCCCUCCAGGGUGUCAUCCCCACCGAGGCUCUCGAGACCACCAUCCGCGGCAAGGGUCUUGCCCUUUCCGGCUUCAUCGUCAACGCCAUGGGCUUCAUCAACCAGUUCGCCGGCCCCAUCGCUCUCGACAACAUCGGCUACAAGUACAUCUUUGUCUUUGUCGGCUGGGAUCUUGUCGAGACCGUCGCUUGGUAUCUCUUUGGUGUCGAGUCCCAAGGCCGCACUCUCGAGCAGCUCGAAUGGGUCUACGACCAGCCCAACCCCGUCAAGGCCUCCCUCAAGGUCGAGAAGGUCGUCGUCCAGGCCGACGGCCACGUGUCUGAGGCUGUCGUUGCUUAA